CAAGGCGGGACGGGAGCUGCCUGUCUUGUCUUGUGCCAGCUACAGGAGGGGGUGAGGCGGAGCCUCCCCGACGGAUUCGCGUGCUGCUGCCAGCCUGGGAGAGGCUGGUUACUCCCCGAGGAGCAGCAGCGGCAAACAAGAGGCUCUUAACCACGAAAAGUCAGCCUCCCUCCUCUCUGCUGGGGUGGCAGAAGAACUUUCCUUUGGGGAGUCACGGAAUCUGAUCUCGCCCAGGAAGGCCAAGGAGGUGCAGUAAACUGCAAACAAUGAUCCAGGCUUAAGCCUUCAGAGAAAUGUCAUACUGAAAAUAAAAGAAGUUAAAUUUACUGGUUCAAAUCCUCUACUUCCUUUGGAAUACAGGGUGAAAGAACUUCAGUCACCUUUCCUUCUUACUAGACUGCCAGCCUCCUACAGCUAUGAAGAUGCAGCUAACCCGAAGAGGAUACAUUAGAUGUCUGCUUUUCUUCAUGUUAAAAUUAACGACAGCCAUUGAAAUACCAAUCUCAGUUAAACAGGUCCCAACAAUCACAGAACAGUCAACAGUACAAGUCGCAUUUCCUUUUGAUGAAUACUUUCAGUUUGUCUGUGAAGCCAAAGGAAACCCAGAACCAACGUUUCAUUGGACUAAGAAUGAGGAGCCGUUUAGUCUCCUCUCUGACUCACGGAUCGUUCCAUCUAAUAGCACAGGCACUUUCAAGAUCAUGAAUGAAGGACAUAUCACUCACUUUCAAGGGAAAUACCGCUGCUUUGCUUCUAAUGAAUUAGGAACUGCCAUGUCAGAAGAAAUGGAGUUCAUAGUUCCAAGUAUACCUAAAUUUCCAAAGGAAAAAAUUGAACCUCUGGAAGUAGAAGAGGGAAAUUCAAUAGUCCUACAUUGCAAUCCCCCCAAAGGCAUCCCUCCACUUCAUAUAUACUGGAUGAAUAUUGAUUUGCAGCACAUCCCGCAGGAUGAAAGAGUGUACAUGAGCCAGAAGGGAGAUUUGUACUUUGCAAAUGUGGAAGAAAAUGACAGUCGGAGUGAUUACUGCUGCUUUGCAGCCUUUCCAACAUUGCGAACUAUUGUGCAGAAGAUGCCAAUGAAAUUGACAGUGAACAGUUUAAAGCAUGCUAAUGACUCGAGUUCACACAGACAGAAUGUUACUAAGGCAAAUUCAAUCAAGCAAAGAGAGCCCAGAAUGCUUUUGCCUCCUGAAACUUCUGGCAGUCAUUCUUCAGUCACCAUCAUCAAAGGGGGGACACUGCUGUUGGAGUGUUUUGCUGAAGGCCUGCCCACUCCACAGAUCACUUGGACUAAAGUGGGUGAAGAUUUGCCCAAGGGAAGAGAAGAACAAGAAAAUUUUGGAAAGACUUUGAAGAUUGAACAGAUCACUCACAUAGAUAAAGGACAUUAUCGUUGCACGGCCAAGAAUUACAAAGGGACUGCCAUGCAUGAAUUCCGAGUCACGGUCGAAGAACCUCCUCGCUGGACAAAGAAACCUGAAAGUGCUGUGUACAGCAUUGGGAACAAUGGGAUCCUGCUAUGUGAAGCCGAGGGAGAACCAACCCCUGAAAUAGAGUGGAAAAUCAAUGGCUUACCCGCUGAUAAACAGCACCCCUUGCCUGGUAUUGUGUUCUUCCCAGGAGAGAUCAGUUUCACCAAUAUGCAGUUGAAUCAUACUGGUGUGUACCAGUGUGAAGCCACAAAUGUACAUGGCAAAAUUCUUGCUACUGCCAAUAUCAAUGUUUUAGAUAUUUCUCCAUUGAUGCAAACCCCAGAUGAUGAAGGAUAUGCUUCUGUUGCUGGUUACAGUGCUUUCUUAUUUUGUGAGGUUUUUGCCUCACCUCCUGCAGUGAUUACUUGGCAAAAGCCAUCAAAAGUUGAAAGGCUUGAAGGCCCACAUUACACUACACAUCAAAAUGGAACCUUAGAAAUCAAAGACACGACAAAAGAAGAUGCUGGCCCUUACACUUGUUGGGUGAAGAGUCCUCGAGGAGAGGUGGCAGUCACUGCCCAUCUGUCAAUUAGAGAUGCUACAAACCUUACCAUUUCUCCACUGAAUCCUCAUAUCAUCAAGUCUCACUUGCUAGUUUUGCACUGUGAGACAGAGUGUGAUUCACAUUUGAAGCACAGUUUGAAGUUAUCUUGGAGUAAAGAUGGGGAAGCCCUUGAAGCUAAUGGAACUGAAGAGAUCAGCCGGAUAAUUAUUGAUGGAGAUAAGCUGACUAUAUCAAAUGUCACUUUAGAGGAUGAAGGAUUGUAUUCUUGCCUUGCUAAUACUGCACUUGACAGAGCCAUGGCUACAACUCAAGUCACCAUCCUUGAUGUUCCUGAUCCACCAGAAAAUCUCUAUCUCUCUGAAAGGCAGAAUAGGAGUGUGCGGUUGACUUGGGAAGCUGGAGAUAGCCACAACAGUGCCAUAACUGAAUUCAUUAUAGAGUUUGAAGGCAAUAAAGAUGAGCCAGGAAAGUGGGCAGAAUUAACUAAAAUCCAAGGAAAUGAAACAACAGCCCUGUUAUCUUUGGCACCAUAUGUAAAAUACCAGUUCCGGAUAAUAGGUGUAAAUGCUGUGGGAAGGAGUCUACCAAGUGAGCCUUCUGACUAUCAUGAAACUCCACCUGCAGCUCCAGAUAAGAAUCCAGAAAACAUAAGAGUUGAAGCAUCUCAACCCAAGGAAAUGUUUAUCAAGUGGGAGCCACUGAAAUCCAUGGAACAAAAUGGACCAGGAUUAGAGUACAGAGUUACAUGGAGACAACAAGGAGUUCCUUCAGAAUGGUCUGAUGAGUUGGCCACAGAUAAUACCUUACGAGUAAUGACCUCUUCUGUCUUUACUCCUUAUGAUGUCAAAGUUCAAGCAAUUAAUCAACUUGGCUCUGGGCCUGAGCCGCAGACCAUAACUGUAUAUUCUGGAGAAGACUAUCCUGAUGCAGCUCCUUUGUUGGUAUCAGCAAGAGUUAUAAACAGUACCCUAAUUAACGUCACCUGGGACAGAAUUCCAAAAGAGAGAGUACAUGGACAUUUGAGAGGAUAUCAGAUCAAUUGGUGGAAAACAAAAAGCAGAUUGGAUGACAGGAAAUUCCCCAAAGAAAUUAAAACUCUAAGACUGCCAGGAGACAGAAGCUAUGGAAUGGUUCCUUCACUAGACCCAUUUAGUGAAUUCAAGUUAACAGUCUUAGCCUACAAUUCCAAAGGUGCUGGACCAGAAAGCGCUCCAAUUUCUUUUCAAACUCCAGAAGGAGUACCUGAACAGCCUACUUUCCUCAAGGUUAUACAUGCUGACAAGGACACCGUUGUAUUAUCCUGGGGAUUGCCCAAGAAAGCACAUGGCAAUUUAACUGGCUACAGUUUACAAUAUCAGAUAAUCAAUGACACAGAUGAGAUUGGAGAACUAAAGGAAAUCAACAUCACAAACCCUUCAAAACUCAGUUGGCGUGUUCCAGAUCUUAACUCCACCACCAAAUAUAAAUUCUACUUGAGGGCAUGUACUUCCAAAGGCUGUGGAAAACCCAUAACAGAGGAAGGCUGCACAAUAGGAGAAGGGAGUAAGAGUGUCGGGAAGAUUUCAGAAGCAGUAAAUCCUACCCAAAAGGUUCACCCUCUUGAGACAUUUGACCCUGAAUCUGAGCAUACAGUUCGUCUAGUGACUAAGAAUUGGGUUGAUAACAAUAGCAUUUUUGAAGAUGUUAUUGAGACAAGGGGGAGAGCAUAUGCGGGUUUGUAUGACAACAUCUCUACCCAAGGAUGGUUUAUUGGACUGAUGUGUGCCAUAGCUCUUCUUACAUUGAUAUUAUUAACUAUUUGCUUUGUGAGAAGGAACAAAGGUGGAAAAUACUCAGUGAAAGAGAAAGAAGAUUUACAUCCAGACCCAGAAGUUCAGUCAGGAAAAGACGAAACCUUUGGCGAGUACAGUGACAGUGAUGAAAAACCACUUAAAGGAAGCCUCCAGUCUCUAAACAGAAACCUCCAAGCCACAGAAAGUGCCGAUAGCUUGGUGGACUAUGGAGAAGGAGAUCACGGCCUAUUUAAUGAAGAUGGAUCAUUUAUUGGAGCUUACACCGGGUCUAAGGAGAAAGGAUCAGUGGAGAGUACUGGAAGUUCAAUGGCAACUUUCCCACUUCGUGCAUAAACUUUGUGUACAUAAACCGCAUGAGACACUCACCUCAUUUUUUCCAUAUUGAUCUGUAUGAGUAAGCAAAUUCUUGUCUACGGGACAGAACUGGGUUUAACCAGGAUCAAACAUCCAGCAAGUAAGCCAAGAACAAGUCACUGCCAUUGACAGACAAGAGAAAAUUCUUCUGGCCUGUGUUGUCAUGGGUUGAAUUCAAAGAAGAAUGAACAUAACCAUAAUGAUUAGAUUAAACUUAGUUGGACUCAAAUAAUGAGUAAUCAGUGUUCCCUUCACGUUCCUGUUCUGGGCUGUCCCAUGUGUUCUCAUAACUUCUCUUGACUUGUAGAAUUUUAUACACAUUCUAUACACACCCAUUCAUUCAGUUUCAUAGGAUUGCAUGGCUUGACUUUAUUUUUUCCUAGCUGUUGAAAAAUGAAAGAAACACAGGUUAUUUAAAAACAACAACAAAAAUAAAAACACUGAAGAAACCAAGUCCAUGUUUAUUAUUUAAAAUUGUUCUGUUUAAGAUAUUCUGCAUGACCCAUAAAUUGACAAGUAUUUAUUUGUCCAACACUGGUUAUUGGAGACAAUGAUAUUUAAGUCAUUAAAUUGUGGCUAGUCAAAUCCAGUUUGAUUUCUGGUUUCUCCUUACUAUGGAGUCUCUGGAUAUCUGGGCUUCUUUCCCUUGGACUAAAAUACCUAUAAGGCACCACUGGACAUGGACUUAGGAGUGAGCAGGCCUAAUGUUCCCUUGCUUGGGAAUGGUAACCUGGUUUCUGCUAAAACUCAUUCAAAGACUUCAUUUCUAAACUGACUCCUUUUACCUGUAAGGUGUAAUUAUAAUGAUAUGCUAGCAUAUAUUUUAUGAAUGGAGUGGACACAUUCUGGUGAUAUUUACACAAUACAAAAUAUAGAUGUGGUUUUAGCUUUUAUUUUGAAGUGAGGCACAUUAACAUAAGAAUUUAUACAGCUACAGUACAGAGUAAGAGCUACUGUUUUACACCAUACCAGAAUUUCACUAUUCAGAAAUCAAUAAAGCAAACUUUCAAAUCAGAAGAAACUGCGUAAGAUUUUUUUUCAAAAUAAAAUAACUUGUGAAAAUUAAGUGAAUUUUUGCAUAUUUUUCAAAAUAUGCUUUUGUUGGUUGUUAAAACACCACCUGUUUACUAUAGAAAUUCCUGUGUAUGUGUUUCUCUGCAUCUUACAUUGAGCAUCAUUAGAAUUAGAAUUGUCUCCAUAUCACUUCUUUUUGAGAAAACAUAGUGAUUUCUUUAAAUGUAUGAAUUGGCAUUUGACCUAUUAAUUUUAUUUUCAAAUUAACUUAUUUUUAAAUUGGCAUUAAGCAAUCCAUAUGAAUCUCAGUCAGCUGAAAUAAUGACUCCGUUACAUAUGCUUCAACCUAAAUCUGUUAAUGAAUGUUCAGAAAAUUUGAACUUUGAUUGAAAUACUCCUUCCUCUUUCAUGGACAAAUAAUUGGUUUGUUGAAUAGACAAUAUGGCAAUGGAACUGGAAGUUUUCUUGUUUCUUUUUUUUAAACUAUCACUAUUAUAUAAAAGGUAUAGGCAAAACAUUAAAUUGAUAAUAUGGAAGUGUUUGCUAUAGUAGCAGGUACUUACUAAAGUAAAUGAAGUGUGCUUUUUCAGGCUUUGUUGGAACAUUAGAAUGUAUAUAUCCAAGAAUGUCCAUUUGUAAAUUACCUUUAGGUGUCCAUUACAAAAACCUUGCAAAAUUACAAAUAUCCUCUAUUCUAUUUAGGAAAAAUAACACAGAACUGGCUUUAAUAAUACUUGAGACUAUACUUUGUGAUUUGCUCCUGAUUCUCCUAUAAAUUUCUCUCCUUGGGGGUAUUGGCCAAAGGGUAUUUUUUAAAAAGUCCCAUGAAAGGUGAUGCCUCCUUUAAGUGGUGCCAGUAAGACUUCUCAUUUUGGUGGAGUUAUUAGAAAUCAAGCUAAUUCUGACUUCAUCCAUCUCCCCUUCUACCCUCAUGCCUUAAGGAAAAAGGCAACUACUUGGUAUUCUUCCUACCUGUAUGAGGGUCUAGAGUCAUCUUGACCCCACUCAAUAAAUGGUCAGUUUGUGUGGUGGGGAAUAAAAGUCAAAAAAGGAGGAUGUUCUGAUCACUUUUUCUAAAUGUUCUGUAUUCUCAAGUACAGAAAGGGGAGAGUGUAUGAUGUCCCUACAUUUUCACGUAGUUCCAUGGGAUAAAACAGGGUUUGAGAUUUGUGUGUGGUAGUGCUCAACAGUCUUCUCUUGGAACAGUAACCAAUUGGAUGUGUCUAAAAUGGUACGAACCAGUGAUCUUGGCUAUAAUGUCUUCUCUUUCUCACAUAAAUCAUUUUGGUGGGCUAUAAUGGAUUAGCAAUGAACCACUCAACUUUGGAUUAUCUAAAAGAGUUUACUAUAAAUUAUGGCACAUAAACACGUAUAGAAUACAAAUUGUUAAAUGGUAUUUGUCAUGUAGUUUACAAACCAGGAUUGCUUUUCUAUUAAACCUUAUGAGCAAAUUGUUCACUAUGUUUUCUUUCUUAUGCCUCAGGAUCCAAAAUAUAUAUAGUGUCAUUUAAGUGCAAUGAAAGUUUAAAAAGGGUAAUAGUAUUUGAGAAAUAUGCCCAUUAAGUGUCAAAUUAACCUAAAUGCUAAGGCCCUAGCUUAAAUCUAGCACUUUGUUCUCUAGUGAAUUUCCUUUCUGUAUUUUAUUAACUUUUUGCAAUCCCUAAUUUAACAGUCUGUAAAUUAUGGUAGAAAGUGUCUAAAAUAUUUAUAUCUUAAAGCAUGCUGUUGGAAAUCACCAAAAGCUUCUUUCUUUUAAAGGUAGCUGAAUUGUCAACUAAUGUAGUACUUUACUGAGUUUCCCCAAAUCACUUGUUAAGAUCCUGUUUUCUACAUUAUAUAUACCACUGUAUGUUUUGAGUGAGCUACCCACUGAAGUUCUAUAUUCAAUCACAUUCUUGUGCAUUUCAGUGGAAGGGAAAGGACCAAGGUGCACUGAAUCCAAAACUGGGAAGUCUGAGUUCUCUUUGGAAUUCUGCCAUUCACUUUCGGAGUAGCCUUAGGCAUGUCCCUAAACAAUUCUAUACUUAAGAUCUUUUCAUCAAUAAAGUGCUGCUGAGAAUCUGCUACCUGCUAUACCACAGGGCUAGUUGUUUCUAAUUAAGAAUAAUUAAUGUCUGAGAAAGGCUAAAAAAGUCUUCAUCUUUUCAAGCAAAAGGUAUGAAGAUUAUAAUUCUUUCUUUGAAAUUAUGGAGAUAAUAAACAGGGAUUUCUGCAUACAAUUGGUAACAUUCUGACAUCUCCCUAUACUUAAAUUUCUCAUUGAGUUAAGUAGGAAUUGUGAAUAAGAUCAUACAAACAUAUUCAGACAUUCAAAUAGGUACGCAGACCAUAGCAAUUCAAUACUUUUUUUUUCAGUGAGCACAACAUAUAUAUAUUUUUAUAAAAAAAAAAUACAGGAAAUUAAAAAGGUGCCUACCGUCCAGCAAGCAGCAUAAUUUGUAUGUGCCGUUACAAACUAAUAAUUGCUAAAAAGAGGAAACUUAAGCAGGGUCUUUCCCAUAUAAAAUGUUCUUUUUUUUCCCACUAGUUUUACAUGCAUAUUUAUAAUAACAUGUUUGUGAAUUAGGUGCAUUUAGUCUACCGGGCAUAAAGGCAUCCAAUAUUUUAACUACACCUAGAUUUAUAAACUAUGAUGUGUAAUGAAAUUAUCUGGAAGUCUCAAAUAAUAUUUUUUCCUAUUUUAUAGUCACAGAAUAAGAGAGAAUCUAAAGACAAAGGACAGAUGGACAUUUUGUUUCCUUUAAAAACCUAUAAAAUCAAAUUGUCAUUUGAAAACCUAACUAUGUUUACAUAUCAUUAAGAUCAAAACACUUGUAAAAACUUUCCAACGGAUGAUAAGGGGAUUCAAUAUGUAACCAGGGCUCAUUGAUUCCAGUUUCCAUUUAGUGAAAUAGGUGGGGUUGAGCCAAAGCAUACUUUAUUUUAUUUUGGAUUUAUGAUAUUUUAUUACAUCAUCUGAAGAGGGAAAAGGACUGUGUAAACUAAGUUAAUCUGACUGCUUUUUUUCAGAUUAAUAUUCUUAGUGAAACUUUAUUAAAGUUAAAAAAAAUAAAAAUGUGUUUGUAUUGUAGUUGCUGUUUGUAUCAUGUUUAUGUAUAUGUAUGGUUUCAAAAAUAGUUUGAUUAUACAUGAAAUUCAACUUUUCUAAUAAAAGUUCAACUUCAUGUAAUCUAAAAA